AACUAGGUAAAUACUACAGUAUACGUAACGUGUAUUAUAGUAUUUCCCUAGUUGUUCAUACAUGUUUCUUGUGAAGAAUGGGGGCCCUGUUGUUUAGCCGGCGAAACGAACGAAAACGAACGGUAAAAAUGAAACGCAACGGUUGCUGCUCAGUUCAGCAUACUGAAUAUGGUAGGGAUGGAUAGCAUCCGCGCGAUUGGUUCGCGCUGUUCACUGUCAGAGCAACGGGAGAGGGCAACCCCUUCGCGAGGGAAGUGCAUCUCAUGACGACCAAAUCUACCCGUCUGCAUCGAUUGUAUCAAACACAACCUGUUUCAAGCAGGCAUAAUCUACGUUUAGCCUGGAUACUAACGUUUCGCGUUUAACACAAUUCGCGGUCGAAUUUUUUCCAGUUUCUGCCCUACUAAGGUACUUUGCCUCGUCACGCUUCUCGUCGUCCUUAAUUCCGUCAGCUGGUCAAUGACGGCGCAUAUGACAACGAGAGUAGAGGCAGUGGUGACUAACGGUGACUAAAGGCAGUGGUGAGUCAGGACGGCAAGGACAUCGGAUGUGCCCCACUGAGGAAUUGCGACGGCACCAACAACAGCAGCGGCAGGUGGGAGUAGCGCCGCUCCUCGUAUCUGACUUUUAUGAGAGUAGGGAGCGUCGCGCAAUAUUCCGCGCAACCGACAUCGUGUGGGGAUCGAAGCUCUAACGGCUACUGGCCAAUUCGUGUAGAUCCAGUGAGUCAUCGUCAAGCACACAAAUCGCUCUUAUCUCAUUAAAUCCGAAGAUGGACCCGCGGAUUCAGGACGAUCUCAACGACGUCCUUCUUAAGAGGGAUCACGAUUCCGUCGACGAUUUCGAGCAUCUCGGCCACGACGGCUCUCCAGACGAUCGUUCGGAGCAGCAGCCGCAGCCGCAGCAGCAACAGCAACAGCAACAGCAUCAACAACCGCCACCGCAGCCAAUUGACACGCCACGUGUCGAUGAUCUGCUACACAUCGGUGAUUCUUUUCAUCCACUGGACUCGACAUUGCCCAGCGCGCUUCUUGACGCCGAAGCGAAACCCGUGCCGGCGACACCGCCGCCUUCCGCAGACUUCGAUAAGUGCGCAGCCAUGGCGCAGUCGUCGGAUCCGUUCCAGCAGCCGCUGGACCCGGUCGAUCCCAAGCUAGCCAGUAUGACGUUCGUCGAGACCGAGCGGAUCUAUCAUCACCAACUUCAUGAUGAUGACGACGACGACGACGAUGACGACGACGAUGACAACGAGCAGGAAGAGAUACUUCUCCAACCGCCGUUGUUAUCGACCUCGACCGCGACUACGACCAUUCAACCUGAUAGCGACCUUUUACUGUCAUCGUUGAUGAAACCCGUCGACAGCAAGGUUCAAUCGAUCGAGAAACGCGAGGAUACACUGUUUACCGAUUAUGGAAAACAAUAUGAGCGCGACGUCACUCCAUUGGGCAGCACUACCGACGAUUUUAUGCAAAGCAUCAAGUCGUCGAUGCUGCCGGCACCGGAAAAAUCACCACUCAUAGACUUUCUUGGAGAUGACAGCGAGCUAUUGAAGGAGAACAAAGUUAAGAAUAUUACGGAUGAUGACUCAUGGAACAUGAUGGAGAAAAUAGACCUGAAGCGGGAACAGGCGAAGAUAUUCGAACCGCCAACGAAACCGCUGCCUCCAUUACCUAGGGAGGCGCAGCUCCUGGCGAAGGCACAUCAGGACGUGUACGAAACAUCGAGUGACUUCUUAAUCGCGGAGGCUACAAAGCCGUCACCGCCGCUGCCGCAGCAGACAGCCGAUUCGAAGCAGGAGAGUAUCAAACGGCGCGAAAUACCAAAGCCCAAAGAAACCGAUUACGUCCCUUCUCGUCCAAUCAGCAAGAAGCAAGAAAUUGAAAUCGCGCCAAAGGAAAUUUUCCGAGAUAUGGGAUUAGACGCAUGGUUUAACCCUGAAAGACUGAAUCCAAAAGUGGCAGGUCUGAUAUACUGGCGCGAUCCAAAAAAGUCAGGAAUUGUGUUCGGCACGAUACUGGGCGUACUUCUGUCAUUGGCCUAUUUUAGUCUGAUUAGUGUGCUGGCUUAUAUGUCACUUCUUGCCCUUAGCGGUACCAUUAUUUUCCGUAUCUACAAAACUGUUCUUCAAGCAGUUCAGAAGACCUCGGACGGUCAUCCAUUCAAAGACAUUCUUGAUCUGGAUCUGACAUUACCAGCUGAGAAAGUACAUGAAGUCGCAGAUGUCGCAGUUGCACAUGCUAAUGCAGCUGUCGGUGAAUUGCGCAGACUUUUCCUCGUUGAAGAUUUCGUUGAUUCUCUUAAAUUUGGCGUUUUGCUAUGGUGUCUCACUUACGUGGGUUCUUGGUUCAAUGGCAUGACUCUUAUUAUAAUCGGAGUGGUUGCUCUCUUCACACUGCCUAAGGUCUAUGAAACGAAUCAGGAGCAGAUCGAUCAGAAUUUAGCCUUGGUGCAGACAAAGAUCAGUGAAAUUACCACCAAAGUGAAGGCGGCAAUCCCUCUUGGCAAAAAGACUGAGCCAAUAAAGGAAGAAUAAAAGAAAGUCAGAGUGGCAACAAUCCAACGAACAGCUGAAACAGCAAAUAUAGAAAAGUUUAAGUUAGAAGCAAACGAAAGAAACGUGAAAAGUGAGAGAAGAGCUUGAAAGCGCGUGUAAGAAGACUAAUACACGAUCGAGGAGAAUACUUGCAUUAUUAAAACGAGGAUUGAACCUUGUAACUACGCGGGAAGUGGGAAUUAUUGGCGAUGGGAAUUCUUUGCGAGCUUGGCCGUCGUAUUUCCGGAGAAGAAUAUCAAUUUUUUGAAGUCGGCAAGGAUCGUGCACGCGUACAUCGACAUUCUAAUCACGAAAAUUCUUAUUGAGGAAGUAAACACCGCGAGAGAAAGAAAGAAAAAGAAAAAAUAACACUUAGUGAUUAAUUAAUCGUUUAUUAUUACGAUAAAAAGCGACGGCAUGUUUUUAGCCAGCAAACAAUGCAAUGUGCGCGGGGUAGCUUUCAAGGAUGAAAUCAGCCCUUCGUCUCUCCCUUCCUUCUUUUUCGUCGUACUAUUUGACAAAUGUGUUUUACGGUUAUCAUAAACUUCGUGUUUUUACCUAUCCGAUGAUGUCCUUUGUUUUUCUCUUCGCGAAAAGAGAGAAGUAUGAAAGCAAACGAGAAAAUAAAAAAAGUAGAAUGAAUGCUUAUGAAUAUGUGAGAGAGAAUGAAUAAUAAGGCUGUAUGUGAUUUAUCUUAGUCCUGUCUUCGUCGGAACGUCGUAUUUCGCUUGGAUCAUUAUUUCGCGGAUCGGACGCCGCCAAAAUAAUCGUUUUACGACAAGAUAUAAAUGAGAAAUGGGGGGUGUCGGAAAAGAUAGUGAUACUUUAAAGAUUUAGAAUAGAAAAGAAUGGCGAAUACGAGAUGUCCAACGUAUAAAUAGAAUUUAUUCGUCAGUGACUUUAAAGAUCUUAUAAUUACCUAAUUUACAGCGAUAUCCCCUAACAUCUUGAUGUUUUCAGUUGUUGUGUUUGAGAGAAUUAAAUGGAGAUUUAAUAAUGAAUUAAAUUAUGCAGAAACGUGUAUAUUGUAUCUGUCUCUCAAUGACGUUGACGUUUGCAUAAUUAUUGCUGCUGCAUCAUUAAUUGUAAUUAUAUCGUUAUGUACGCACUCGCAAAUAUAUAUAUAUAUACACAACGUAUAUGCAUAUGCUCAUGUAUAAUGUACGUAUGUAUAUGUGUACAAAUGCGCAUGUGUGCAUAUGAAUGGAAGGGACGACUAUCGAAGAAAAUGAUCUUAAGUGAAAAGGCACGAAAUAUAUUAAACGGUAAACGAUAAAGACGCAACUUUAUAUCAUAAUACCUACAACUAUUAGAAAACGUGUUUUUAUCGGGACCGAUAUCAAAAUGUUAAGAAUGUGAAUUAUAACAUGCAUAAUAUGCUUCUUGUCGUUUUCAUUAUUGCAUCUGCAUUCGCAUCCGCAUUAAUUUAUAAAUAAAUGAUAUUAAAUAAAA